UUUCGCUCGUGUCGGUCGGGUGGCUCGGCGUUUCUGCUUUACGUAGCGUCGUCGGGGUGUUUGCUUCGUCUGUGUUCGCGUGUACUGAUUCUCGAUCGCCUGGUGAGUUGCCCCGAGGUAGUCGAACGGAACUCGGGGUGCGUGGUUUGUUUGGUUUUGAGCAGUCUUGGGUUCUCGAAGCGAGCAAGUCGGGUUGAUGCCGUGGGUCGUCGUGGGCUAGGCAGGCGCUGUGCCAGCGGCAAGCAGCAGCAAGCACUGCGGCGGACUUUCGUCGCUUCCCGCUCCGAUCUGGAUGUGUCCUGCCCGGACGUCGCAAGUCGGCGACGGGGACUCGCGGUCGCCGGUGACCGGGCAGCAGCGGCUCCUUUUUCGCGCGCUACAUCGCCGACAAUCUCCCAGCAGCUAUCGCGACGGAAGCUCGCCGCCGUCCUACUCAAGUCCUCGGAGACCGACGGAGUGAUGUGGUACCCAUCUGCCGCCGGUUCGGCCGCUGCUGACUCGCUGGCUCGCCAGGAUCUCGUGUUCUAGUCCCGUGUCUGUUUCCUUCGGGGUGCGUGUGCGUGCAAGCCGCUUCGAGGUCUCCAAGACGUCCGUCGGUUGCUUCUGUAAGCGCGGGGAGCGAGCGAGGGAAGGAGACGGCCGGCCGACCAAAAUGGAUAUCAAGUUGCUUCACAAGAGCAACACCUUCAGCAACUUCGGCAGCCAGAAGCUGGGCAGCUGGUUCUCGACCUUCAGCAUCGCCAGGCGGAAAAACAACAACGGCGCCUCGCUCAAGAAUUCCAAGAGUCUGAGUGUGGUGCACGAACAUCCGCGGAUCGGCUCCGACGGGGAGAGUGAGGAGGCGUCUGGGGCGUCCGACGAGAUCAUCUCGCCCGUGAGGCUGCGCGCCAAGACCAACAACCGCUGGACCAGCCAGUCGGACAUCAGCAAGCGGUUGUCGUUACCAGCAGACCUGCGUCUACCGGAGGGCUUCCUUAGCAAGCAACAGCAAGUUCUCGAUGGACCACUCAGCCGGUCUGUGCGGAGGCAAUCUCUGUCUGAAAUCGGGUUUGGGAAGAUGGAGACAUAUACAAAGCUGGACAAGCUUGGGGAGGGGACGUAUGCCAUGGUGUUCAAGGGAAAGAGUCGGCUAACAGACAACCUGGUAGCUCUCAAAGAAAUUCGGUUGGAGCACGAGGAAGGAGCACCCUGCACUGCCAUAAGAGAAGUAUCAUUGUUAAAGGACCUCAGGCACAACAACAUAGUGACUCUGCACGACAUAGUUCACACGGAGAAAUCUCUCACCUUGGUGUUUGAGUAUCUGGAAAAGGACCUCAAGCAGUAUAUGGACGACUGUGGAAACUUCCUUUCCAUGAACAACGUGAAGUGCUUCCUGUUCCAGCUGCUGCGGGGGCUGGCCUACUGCCACGGGCGGCGCAUCCUGCACCGGGACCUGAAGCCCCAGAACCUGCUGAUCAACGAGCGGGGGGAGCUCAAGCUGGCCGACUUUGGCCUGGCUCGGGCCAAGUCGGUGCCCAUCAAGACCUUCUCCAACGAGGUGGUCACCCUCUGGUACCGGCCCCCCGACGUGCUGCUCGGCUCCACCGACUACUCCACCUCCAUCGACAUGUGGGGCGUGGGCUGCAUCUUCUACGAGAUGGCGAGCGGGCGCCCCCUGUUUCCGGGCUCGACGGUGGAGGACGAGCUGCACCUGAUCUUCCGCAGCCUGGGCACCCCGACGGAGGCCACCUGGCCGGGCAUUGAAUCCCGGGCGGAGUUCGUGGCCUACCACUUCCCCCGCUACGCCCCGGAGCCCCUGGGUUCCAGGGUGCCCCGCAUCGGCUCCUCCGGGGCCGCCCUGCUGCUCGACUUCCUCAAGUUUGAGCCCAGGGCGAGGGUGUCGGCGGCAGAGGCGAUGAGGCACUCGUACUUCGACAGCCUGGGGCCAAAUGUGCACAAGCUUCCAGACACUGCUUCAAUUUUCACAAUACCGGGAGUGCAACUCAGCCGGACGUCAAGUUAGUACCAGUCCUUUGGAAUAGGUCUCUGGAACGACCGCAACGUGUUGUCGCUGUAACCAAAGGCCGCCCCCUCGCCCCGUCUCCUGCGCCUCGCCCAUCGCCGCGGCGAAGAGAGAAGCGAAGUGGCUCCUAGUCGAUCGCUCGGUCGCGCCCCCGUCCCCCCUCGGCGCCUGGCCACUCCCCGGCGCCCUUUUCUCGACGGGCUGCGUGCAACUCCCCCGCACGUGCGAUCCUCGCAAUAAGGCGCCCCAUGCGAGAAUGUCUCACAAGGUGCUUCCCUCUUUUUUUUUUGUUACGUGCCUCCCUUUGAGGGAGGCCGCGCGACCUGCUUCUUCCCUGUUCAGGGCAGGAGCACGAAAGGAACAAUCUUUUUUCUUUUCAUUUCUAAGCGGACGAGGCGAGAAACCAAGUGGCAUUGUCGAACCGACCUCGUCCUUUAUACACUACGCGGAAACAAAGGGAGGAAGAAAGAAGCGUCGGUGCAUGUCGCUAUUUCUCCACAUGCGCACACGUGGAUUGUAUGUGUGUGUGAGUGUGGAAUGUGUAUUCGUAAGUCACGUCCUUCCGGGGAUGACUCCCUGAUCUCUCGAAGAGGCCGGGCUCGACUCCUGCGUCCUUUUUAUUUUGCUGUCCCCUCUGCUCCCCCCAAUCUCGCCGCUUUUGGUCUCUCGAACGUAACUUAAUUUCGGAAACCAGUUUUUCUUCCAGACAUUCUUCCCCGCUUAUGAGUCGGUUUGCGGAACUCGCGGGGGCUUGAGCAAAACGAAACGAGGAUGCGGUCUGUCGCACGCUUCAUUCGUUUCCUUUUACACUUCUUAUUUUUUGUGUCGUAACCGUAGGGAACGGCACUAGGCCAUCGACAUAGCUGCAGGAUUUUUGACGAGAGUCGCGCUCAAACAACGUGGGUGACGAGGCACAGAGUUCAUUUUUCGAGCAUGCGUCGAGUAGGAGCCGUUUGCUAGCACCCCCGACAGCCUGGGAGGGCGUGUGCUCAAGAUGCCCCGUUCUGUGCCCAAGCGGGUAACGGCGGAACCAGCUUAGAUUUUUGUACCCGCGCGUAGCCGUCGAGAGACGAAAGAAGUCAGUUUUGCGUCCACCAUGCAAGUUCCAUCCCACACGCUUUUCGCCAGGCCACCCCUGCGCCCCGACUCCUCGCAAACCAUUCCCGUCGUCCGCCCAAGGUCACGGCGUCCCCCGACCAGCUUUGUCGUCGAGAACGUCCGUGACGGAACGCUCAAGGUCGGGAGUGUAGCCAGCGUCGAGGAGUGCCGCGCGAGUGUCGAAUCAAAGUACGCCCUUCUUUCGACGCACUCGAACAGGACGAGAAGCCGGCGUCGCUAGGCUUUCGUAGCGAACCCCCUUGUAUUGCACAGACCGAGCAAGCAGUCCAUCCAACACGUGCACGACUACAGUUGUAGCAACAGCCCUGCCCUCCACUGCGGUGUGCCCCCGUUCAACAUGGAGGUAGGAAACUUCUGGAGGUGACAUGAUGCCACCAGAGGUGAAGCCAGAAGUGGGAAGGGACAUGCGCCAGUAAUGACCAAAAUCGAGAGAUGCCAUUAGUUGAAAAGGAGAGCUGACUUGGCACCAACAGCUGUUUUAAUGCGAAAGCAUUAACUGGUCCCAUGGAGCGAACUGGCGUUAUCAGCUUUUGAAGCCGCGCCAAACAGCACGUAAAUUCCCCAGUCCUUUUGGUGCGAAGCUUGUAGUCUGAAGCAGCGAUUUGAUGGAUGGGCUCCCAUUGGGCUGGCGCGCGUCAUAGUUUUAAAGAACGAGGCUCCCAUUGACUGGCGCACGUCAUAGUUUCAAGGUACGCCAUCCCAUGGCACUGCGGGCCCUGCCCCAGUAAAAAGGAACAUGGUGGCACGUGCUUGGCCGCUUCUGCUCCUUUCGACACCGACGAACAUGAGCGUUACCUCGGCAGUAGCGAAACCUGCCCGUCCACACAAGUACACCGCAGACAAACCAAGGGUGCAGAGUAACGUAGCACGAGCGAGGAGGCAGGCAGCGAAAUCCACCAUCGUUGUCAAAUCUCCGAAUACAUGGUGGGCAGAGCGAGCGGCCGUGCAACGCGCCAGGAGGCAGAGCAGAGCCUUUCGAAAGCUUAAGGUGCAAGCAGAUCGCGAUUCAAAGUGUUUCGAGCGGCAAGAGGACUAGGCCCUUCGACAGCGCGAUGCGGAAGCAAUACGUCGCAGGCGGCAUGCUUUCGCAUUCACAACUCGUAAGAAGUGCUUCGGUGUCCUCGGACUUUUUUGUCACCCUCCCCGAGGGUGACCAAAACAGCUGUUUGUGCCAAGUUAGCUCUCUUUUUCAUCCAAUAGCGUCUCUUGGUUUAGGUGAUCGUUGAGGGCGUGUCCCUCCACACUUCUGGCUUCACCUCUGAUGGCAUCAUGUCGCCUCCAAAAGCUUCCUACCUGCAUGCCGUUCAGCCUCCCGUUAUUUCGUAAACGUCUUCUCUUUGUCCCUAGGGUCGCCUUUGCCUGUGCGAUGAUACUCGCGCCGCGUCCGGCGCAUGCGUCUUCUUUUCCUCGGGCGCCGUGCCGCCGGCGAAAGUCGUGACUCGUCAAAUGUGCGGCGAGUGAGAGAAAGAAAGAGAGAGAGACCUGUACCUGGUGCGUUUCUACGAUUGCUCAUGGAUUUUUUCAGAACCACCGACCGCAUGUGCGGCACCGUGCGUGUGUGUGUGUCGAGAUGUGUGUUGUGCCAUAGGCUGGAAAGGGUGCGAUGUAAAACGAAGGAAUCAGUGGUGCCACCACAGUUUUGCUGCCAUUGCCGCUUAAAAGGAGGAAAGAAACGUGCGUAGAACGCCUCUCGGCAUUCCAUAGACUACUCUGGAGGCUUCCCGGAUCUGGAAAAGUGUGAGGCGAAGCCGCGUUUUUAAUUGUUUUCCACCAUAGGACUAGCGUGACUUUUGUUUUUUUUUCCCUCUUUUUUUUUAAACAAAAGAAAAGGUGCUGUUUGGAGGAUUGGACACCUGCACCGAAGGCAUCAUCUCAAAUCUGUUGUCCAGUUGUUGUAAAUAGGACUGUACAUACCAUACAGUAGCAGCAAAUGAAUAAAAUCUUGAUCAGAUGUG